CUCAGCAAGCUGCAAAAAGAUUACCUUAUCGAGAAGAUGAAGAAUCUGCGCAAGACGAAGCACGCCACACCAUUCUUGCAACCUGUGGAUCCCGUCGCCUUGAACAUCCCAUCUUACCCUGAAAUUGUCAAGCAGCCCAUGGAUGUUGGUACGAUUGAUGCUAAAUUGAAGAGCAAUCAGUACGGCUCUGCGCAGGAGCUUGUAGAUGACUUCAACCUCAUCAUCUCCAAUACCCGUACCUUUAAUGGCGACCAGCAUUUCAUUACACAGCAAGGCAUGACAAUGAAGGCUUACUUCGACAAAUUCAUCGAAUUGCUGCCGCAUCCGGAUGAGCCACAGAUUCGUCGCAGCGGGACAGAUCGUCCAGCGCGUGCCAUUAAGCCCCCUGCGAAUCGUGAGAUCCCGUAUGCGAAGCCAAGGCGAAAGGCGCACCAACUCGAGCUGAAGUUCUGCGAGCAUGUGCUUGAUGAGCUUCGAAGCCCAAAGUAUUCCACUAUGAAUCACGUCUUCUUGUAUCCUGUGGAUCCAGUAGCACUCAACAUUCCCCACUACCGUCAAGUAGUGAAGAAUCCUAUGGAUCUCUCAAGCAUGGCGCAGAAGCUGAAACAAGGCCAGUAUGAGAAGGCCGGCGAAUUUAGAAAGGACUUCGAGCUCAUGAUCGAUAACUGCUUGCUGUUCAACCCGCCCGGUAACGCAGUGCGCGACAUUGGAAUCGCUUUCAAGCGG